UCGGUGCGACCGUCAGGCCGUGCUCGCUUGCAGGCUGUGCUCGCUUGCCCCGCCCUGAGCAUGAUGCCGCUGGCGGGCCUCGAGAGUCACCAGAUGCUUUCGGUGUUCCUGUUGGGGCUGCUGCUGUUCGGGCCUUCACAGUCUCAAACAUCCACCCAGGCCGAACCUGGCAUCUUUGGUGCUUCCAAUGCACCAAGCGCCCCCAAAGCCCUCACCAAGCCCGACGGCACUUCCAGCACCCCAACCACUGUGGGCAACUCCAGUUUCCCAGACCUGCGAGAUCACGUGAGAGCACUGAUGCAAGACUUCCCGCUUAUAGACGGCCACAACGACCUGCCUCUCGUCCUGAGACAAUUUUACCGGAAUGGGCUGCGGGAUGCUAACCUGAGAAACUUCACCCAUGGCCAGACCAGCCUGAAUAGGCUUAGAGAUGCCUUUGUGGGAGCUCAGUUCUGGUCCGCUUACGUACCAUGCCAGACCCAGGACCGGGAUGCCUUACGUCUCACAAUGGAGCAGAUUGACCUCAUUCACAGUAUGUGUGCCUCUUAUUCUGAGCUGGAACUUGUGACCUCACUUAAAGCUCUGAACAGCACCCAGAAAUUGGCCUGCCUCAUUGGUGUGGAGGGUGGCCACUCACUAGAUAACAGCCUCUCUGUGCUUCGAAGUUUCUACCAGUUGGGGGUGCGCUACCUGACGCUCACACAUACCUGCAAUACACCCUGGGCAGAGAGCUCAUCUAAGGGCGUCCACUCAUUCUACAGCACUGUCAAAGGAUUGACCAGCUUUGGUGAAAAGGUGGUGGCAGAAAUGAAUCGCUUGGGGAUGAUGGUUGAUUUGUCCCAUGUCUCGGAUGCUACUGCACGGCGGGCCUUGGAAGUCUCACAGGCACCUGUGAUCUUCUCCCACUCGGCUGCCAGGGGUGUGUGCGGAAAUGCUCGGAAUCUUCCUGAUGACAUCCUGCUGCUUCUGAGGAAGAACGGCGGCGUCGUGAUGGUGACAUUCUCUGUAGGGGUUUUGCAGUGUAACCCGUUAGCCAAUGUAUCCACGGUAGCAGAUCACUUUGACCACAUCAAGGCAGUCAUUGGAUCUGAGUUCAUCGGGAUUGGUGGAGAUUAUGACGGCACUGCACAGUUCCCUCAGGGGCUGGAGGACGUGUCUACAUACCCAGUGCUCAUAGAGGAGCUGCUGAGACGGGGCUGGAGUGAACAAGAGCUGCAAGGUGUCCUUCGAGGAAACCUGCUUCGGGUCUUCGGACAGGUGGAACAGGUACGGGAGAAAAACAGAUGGCAAAGUCCUUUGGAGGACACUAUUCCAGAGGAGCAGCUGGACAGUGCCUGUCACUCUGUCUUGCCACAUCGGCGCCAGAAACAGUAUCAAGGAGAGGACCAAUCAGAGAUCACAACACAUCAUAUGCUCAAGUUAUCAUCUGGGUGUUCACACUCAAAAUCUUCUCCCUACAUAGUGCCAAGCCUCACCAUUGUUGCAACCUUUUUAGGCUUUAUUGUAUGACUUUGAUGGUCCAUGCAGUCCUCCCAGAUACCAUUCUGGUACCCUGGAUCCUCCUCUGCUUGUGCAGGGGCAAACAUUUUCUGGAAGUAAAU